GUUGUGAGUUGAUUAAAAGUCAGAUGAUUUCACUCAUAAAUACUACGUCAUAGGUUGUGUGAGCCGGUUUGUUAUACUGUUUGAACAUUUACUGAAGUAUCAAAUCGCCAGUCAAACGUUACUCGUGUAACUGCUUUCGCGAAAUACCGAAACAUGUUCGGUGAUUUGUUUGUACUCGUAAUUUAAAUUUUUACGUUUAUGUGUUGUGACUUGUGACGAUUAAUUUGGUUGGAUUUUUAAUGAUUUCAAGAUGCACAGUGACUCGACAAUGUACACUCGUGACAGUCGCGACACAUUAAUGAUCGAUUCAGCGAAAAAGCAGUCCAUAACGUCGCCGAUGGUGGUCACAAAAUGGAAACGAAUUCUGAAAACCAUCAGCGUCGAACCAGCGAUGGUGUUAUUUUACACGAAUUACAUCAUAACGGAUUUCAUAAACACCAAUUUAUAUAUACAAAAAAACUGCCGAAACGACACAUCUCGAGAGCCGAACUUAACCACCGAUUGUGACAAUAUUGGACGAGGAGUCGGAUACGUGAAUAAUGUGAAUUAUUACUUCAGAUACUCUCUGGUAUCUUUGAUGGUAAUUCACACUAUAUUAUCAUUAUGCUGGAGCGACAGAGCUGGCCGGAAACGAAAACCGUUCAUCGUGCUGCCAAUUAUUGGUCAAAUUUUACAAAUACUCGUCGCCUGUUUCCAAUCAUAUUUUUGGUAUUUACCUCCACAUUUCGCCGUCGCUUCGGAUUUAUUGUUUCAAGUUCUCAGUGGUGGUUUUGUAUUGUGUUUGAAUACUUGCAUAACUUAUACCAACGAUAUAUCCAGUGUUGAAGAACGUACUAUGAAGAUGAGUAUUAUAUUCGCUCUGCAAGUGAUCUGUGCUCCGAUUGGGAGCGGUGUUUCGGGAUUUUUGCUCACCGGUUUGGGGUUUUUUUACUCGUACGUGGUGUGUUUGGUGUUGGCUACUAUGUCGUUGAUUUGCGGAUUGUUUCUGAUCAAAGAUGUAUCGAUACCGGUGGAGAAGAAACCGACGUAUUUGAGCUUUUUCAGCGUUGCAGAUGUGGUGGAUAGUGUGAAAAUGGUGUUUCGUAAGAGUUUGGGGAGCAAGAGACCGAUCGUUAUGGUUUUGCUGUUGAUUCAUGUUACGGUGUUUUUCAAUUUUGAAGGACAAAAGUCAGUCUUUUACUUGUAUUUCAAGUACAGAUUCAAAUGGAAUGAAAAAACUUACAGCAUAUACGUCAUGUGUAAAUUGAUCGGAUUAACUUUCGGUACUUUCUUUUGUUCUUUAAUAAUGAGUAAAUAUUUAAAAAUACACGAUGGUAUAAUUGGAAGCUUCGCUUCAUUUUGGGAUACGAUGGCAAGCAUUGGAUACGUAUUUGCGAAUCAAAAUUGGCAACUGUACCUUAUUCCAGCAUUGGAUAUAUUUCACGGUACAGCGAUCGCCAUUCACUAUUCCUUCAUUAGUAAAUAUUUUGAAUACAACGAAUAUGGUCGUUUGACUUCAGCAUUGAAUGUCUUUUCACUAUUUAUACCAGUAUGUCAUCCAAUUUUUAGUUAUUUAUUUCAUCAAACCAUGGACACAUUCCCUUCUGCUUUCUUUAUAGUCGGGGGAGCUUUUGAUUUUGUAACAUUUCUUCUAUACGGAUUAUCGUAUUAUUUGUGUAAAAGGAUAAUGUCCUGAGAAUUUGGUUGUGCAGAGCCAUGAGGCUUAUUGUGAUUUUUGAAAUGCGGAUUUCACGUGAAGGCGAACGUGAGAUAGACAGAUUGACAAAAGAAUGGAUCCUUGAAUUCAAUUUUUUCCUUCAAAUUUUCAUUUUAUUCCAGACGUGAAGUGAACGAAUAUUUUAUUAUUAUGAAUGAUGAAAUGGAAUAUAGAAUGUAGGGGUUUGAGUGACUGUAGCCUACAAAAAAAAAACAACAUUUAAUGAAUACUGAGAAAUAAUAGAUAUCUACCUAGGUACCUUGUUUCAUUUUCAACCUUCAUUUUUUUGAAAAGAAAAAACAGAGGAAACCUAUAAAGGUAGAGAGAUUCCAUUCUGUUUGAAAUCUCUUUGCUGCUAUUUAUUAUUUUUUUUUUUUAAAUUAUAAUACAUAAUAAAAUAAAUCAGUUUAUUGUGAAUAAACGACAA